CGACUCUGGUCUGAUGCCGGGGAGAAUGCUUUUGCCUGUGGUGUUGUGUUGUGUUUUUGAGCCUUUUGCCUUGGCUUUUGCCCUGAAUCGAUUAUGAUCUGAUCAUUUCGGAUCUGCUUUGUCUCCUGUCUCCUGUCUCUUGUCUUCAUGCUUCAAGACACCCUCCAAUCCAGCCUCAAUUCUUAAUAUCUAGUUGCACUUUGCAUUCUGCACUUUGCAUUUGCAUUCUGCACCUCCCCUUUGCAGUUCUUCCUCUUCUACAUCCAUCAUCCCCUUCCACCAUGUCUCCCUCGGCCACCCGCCAGAAGAUCAGUCUCAAUCGCAUCGCCCACGUCUACUACACUCACAAGGACCUCGACAAGGCCCACCAGUUUCUCCUGGAUUUUGGCUUGAGUGUCGUCCAGAAGACCGACGACAAGAUCUACUAUCGCGGCUAUGGCACUGAGCCCUUCCUCUACUGUGCGACCCGCGGCGACGAAGACAAGUUUGGCGGCACAGCAUGGGUAGUUGAUUCCCUCGAAGACCUCGAGCUGGCCACGUCCCUCCCCGGCGCAACGCCCAUCCACGACUCUGAUGCGCCUGGCGGCGGCAAACGCGUUACCUUCUACGAUCCUGUCGACAACUUCCCCUUCCACCUCGUCUACGGCCAGACGCCCGUCGAGAUGACCGAGACCUUCCCCGAGCUGGCCUACAACUUCCCGACUGUCAAACACCGACCCGUGAACAAGACGCAGCGUUUCAAGCAGGGCCCGGCCCCCAUCCACAAGCUGGGACAUUUCGGCCUCUGCGUCACCAACUACAAGGCGGCCUUCGACUUCUACACCUCCAAUUUCAACUUCAAGCCCAGCGAUCUGGUCUAUGACCCUGCCACGAAUGAGGAUAUCACGACCUUCCUGCACCUGGACCGGGGCGCCGAGAUGGUGGACCACCACAGCUUCUUCUUCUUCGAGGGGCCCAAGUUCCACGUGCACCACUCGAGCUUCGAGGUCUUUGAUUUCGAUAUCCAGAUGCUGGGCCACACCUGGCUGAACGAGAAGGGCUAUGAGAACUGCUGGGGCGUAGGCCGACAUAUCAUGGGCAGUCAGAUUUUCGAUUACUGGUUCGAUCCAUCGCGCUUCAUCUUGGAGCACUACGUCGACGGCGACUUGGUCAACGACGAGACUCCUACAAACCGAACCGCCGCCGGACCAGGAAACCUGCACGUAUGGGGUCCCGAUCUGCCCCCAACAUUCCUCCUCUGAUCUCGCGUCGUGUCCGGUCAAGAUCUCUAUGUAGCGCAAUUGUCUGCCCUUAGAAAUCAAUAUAUCAUCAGCAUCAUUAUAUAUACAGAUAUAUAAAAUCAAGAUUUACGUAUCAAUAAAUGAAUGCUACUACCUACCUACACUCAUGCUGAGCUAUCUUGUAUCUUAGCAAUUUAUCUCUUUUUACCAUUAUUUGUCUAGAUCCCUUGGGCGUGUUAUUUGUCUAUUUACUUUAUCAAUGGAAGCGAAAUAAGAGAUCUUAGAGCUAGUAAAUCAAUAUAUCAAUACAUC